ACACACACCAACCAUGGCUUCCCAAACUUACAGAUCCACCCGUUCGGCAGUGGACCAGGCGGUCUCAUUCGAGGAUGCUGUCAUGACCGGAUUGGCUUCCGAUGGCGGGUUGUUUGUACCGCUGACCAUCCCCCAACUUCCAGCCUCCUUUUUGGACGACUGGAAGGAUUGCACGUUUCAAGAACUCGCCUUUAAUAUCUUGAGAUUAUACAUCUCUUCCAGCGAGAUCUCCGACACCGAGUUGAAGGACUUGAUUACCCGUUCAUAUUCUACCUUCAGAUCUGACGAGGUCACCCCUGUUAAAGUGCUUGACAAGUCCAAAAACUUAUACUUGUUGGAAUUGUUUCAUGGACCUACCUAUGCGUUUAAGGAUGUUGCUUUGCAGUUUGUAGGUAACUUGUUUGAGUUUUUUUUGAAGAGAAGAAAUGACGGCAAGCAGGGUGAUGCCAGAGAGACCAUCACCGUGGUUGGUGCGACUAGUGGUGAUACUGGAAGUGCUGCUAUAUAUGGGUUGAGAGGAAAGAAGGAUGUGGAUGUGUUUAUUUUGUAUCCCACCGGCAGAAUUUCCCCCAUCCAAGAAGAGCAGAUGACUACAGUGGAGGACAAAAAUGUCCAUACUUUGUCGGUAAAGGGUACUUUUGAUGACUGUCAAGAUAUCGUCAAACAGGUGUUUGGUGAUAAGCAGUUCAACGAAACAUACCAUGUGGGAGCCGUCAACUCCAUCAACUGGGCACGGAUCUUGGCCCAGAUGACUUAUUACUUCUAUAGUUACUUCCAGGUGCUGAAACAGUCGGAUUUGCCCGUCAGGUUUGUGGUUCCUUCUGGUAAUUUUGGAGAUAUUUUGGCUGGUUAUUUUGCUAAGGAAAUGGGGUUGCCAGCAGACAAGUUGAUCAUUGCCACAAACAACAACGACAUCUUGGACAGAUUCUUGAAGACUGGCCGGUACGAAAAGUCGGGUGAAGUUAAGGCCACCUACUCUCCUGCCAUGGAUAUCUUAAUUUCUUCUAACUUUGAAAGAUUGUUAUGGUACCUCGUCAGAAACACCGUCACCAAAGAUGAUAACAAAGCCGGGGAAAUAUUGAGUACCUGGAUGUCACAAUUGAAGACUUCCGGCUCCAUCACCGCCCAACCUGAGGUGUUGGUGGCUGCAAGAGCAGACUUUGAUUCUCAAGCAGUGGACGAUGUUGAAACCGGUGCUACCAUCAAGAAUAUCUACACUACCCACCCAGAAAACUACGUAUUAGAUCCUCACACGGCUGUGGGCAUUGCUACGUCAUUAAGUUUCAUUGCUAAAGACUCUAAAAAGAACUAUAUCUCGUUGUCUACUGCCCAUCCUGCCAAGUUCGCAGAGGUGGUGAAUGCUUCUUUGAGUGGCAUUGAUGGUUACUCGUUCGAAGAUAAGGUAUUACCAGCCGAGUUGAAGGCUCUCUCCACCAAGGAAAAGAGAAUCAACUUGAUUGACGAAGCGUCGUUGGAAAAGGUCAAAUCCAAGAUCAUCGAGAUCUUGAACCAUUAAUCAAUUCGAAUUUUCCACUGUUGUUGAUGCUAACUUGGUAUCCGGCUUCUUCAAGAAGCAGACUAUCCACCAGUUUCUUGGCUUCUAACGAGGCCACAAACUCCUGGUUUUGUGCGUUUUUAUAUAAUAAGUAUUUCAAGCAAAUGAUCGCUCUUUCUUUCAUGAACGGAUUACUAUCGUCAAUAACGCAACUUGAUAAAAUGACCUCAAUUCCGUGAAGUUCUCGAAUGAGCUCCUGGAUCUUGAAGUUCUCAAACGUUAAAUACGAGAGGAUCUCGAUGAUAAUGGACUUGAUAUGGGGGAACUCUAUGAUUUGGUUCUUGUUCUUCAUCAUAUUCUUUGGUUCGAUGCUCUCAUGAACCACUCGAAGCAACGGUAUGAGCAAGUUGACCAUCUCGUAGUUUAUGAGAAAGUCUUUGGCUAUGUUGAAUUUACUCAACUCGCUGACACAGUCCAACACCAUUAAAAGCUUGGGGUGUACUGCUCCAAGAGAGUCAAGGUCUUUGUUGUUGAGUGAUGCAACAGCCACGCCGUUCAAGAACUUGAACAUCUCAAAGAGCCAGCUCAAAAUCCCAAGAAGCUGGGAGUUGUUCCAAUUAUCCUUCGAGGUGAUCACGAUCUGACAGAUUUUGAGUACCUUCUCGUCGUCAUGUUUGACGA